AUGACCCUUUUCUGUGACAAGAGCAACACAUAUAUUGGUGCUGUGCAUUUGUCUCUGUUUGAAGAUGUUGAGAAUGCAUCAAGGUGGAAUUGGGGAGCUGCCACUUUGGCUUACUUGUAUGGUCAGCUCGGGGAGGCCAGUAGGAACGGUGCUAAGUCUGUUGCUGGUUAUUUAUCUCUUCUGCAGUCAUGGGUGUUUGCCCACUUCCCCGGAUCCUUGUUUGAGAGCAGGGACAACCCUGCCUACACACCAGACAGGCCCGUUGCACUAACUUGGGAGGCGCUUCGAGGGACUACUGAGGUUGCGCAGAAGAGGAUGAACCUGGAUACGUUUCCGGCCAGUUAUGUGAUUUGGAGACCUUAUGUAGAGCACUAUGCUCACUGGCCCUUCCCUCAGGUUGCCUUGUAUAGGGGAUUUAUCAGGCAUGCCGGGAUGAUAUUCCCAUACCUCCCAGAUCGAGUCAUCAGGCAGUUUGGCCGGAUCCAGUAUGUGCCAGAUCCUCCACCAUCGUCAGUUACGUGCCGGGAGUGUGAUCGUCGAUUUGCACACUGGAAUGAUCACAUUUGCUAUCUGUCGGAAGAAGCUGCUUUCCCUUUUCAGACCACUGGCGAAUACACUCCUUGGUAUAUCAAGGUCUCACACCCUUACAUGGUCCCAGAUGAGUACAAAGGCGACCGCUUCGCAUUUCUAGAGAGCCAGUUUGCGGAGCUUGCGUUGUACUCUGGCAUUGCGGUUGAUCCGACGACAGAUGGAUCGCCCCCGCCGGGUUCACCGAUGUGGGAUGCGGUGCACAAUAUGCAUACCAUCAUCGAGGGAGCAGUGCACGGGAGGGGAAGAAAGAUUAGGGGACGGGACUCGGGAGCUGGACCUUCAAAUUCUGGGCGUUAG